AUGUUAGUAGUCAAGCCACAUACUCCAUUAAUUAAGUUCCCAGACAGAAAAAGUGGGCCCAGACCAAAAAUACAGGAAUCUCUACAAGCAAGUGUGCCAUCUCUCCAUGCUUCAAAAGCACAGGAGUUUGUAGGAGGCAGAUCACCGGCCUUUCAAAAUAUUUCACCUCUUAGUAAAGUACAAGGUACACCAGACACUUCUGAAUUAGCAAGAACCUUACCUCAGAAAUAUAGAAGGAGACUUAUGUCAGAUGAAGAGAUUGAAUAUAUUCAACGUGGAGGUCCAGAAUAAGUAUGGAAGAUAGUUUGUUGGCCACUGUUGAAGAAUGAAGCAUUGUAUUCACAAUAAAGGUCUUUCCUUAAUAUUAAAUAUUAUUGUACACUAACAGCUUUAAUAAAAAUCCCAACAAAGGGUGAGAAGGUUAACACAUGA